ACGUCAUGUUUAUGGGUCGCGUCACAAAUAUAGAGUGAAAGUAAAUGUUCAGGUGUUUCGCCGUGUACGAAUGGACCAUUUACAACACGGAAUAUUAAAGUGUUUAAUGUUGGAACGGAAAGUUGGAGGAUUUGUGUGGAUCUAUAUACAUACAUGUAAUUAAAUUUUGGUCAAGAGUCAGUGGUGAAUGUCAGAUUCUGUUAAAUCAUGGAUGACACAGAAACAUCCAGAGAUGAAGAUUCUUCAGGAUGCAGUCCAGCUCAGUAUAAGAGAUCAGAACCAGAGCCCAGCUGUGUGUCUAUGAGAAGUGACGGGUCUAUUGUUUGGCCAGUACAUUUUAAGAGUGGAGAUACACAGACUGAUCUCGGAUCAGUGUCUGUGAGGAGUGAUGGGUCUAUGGUUUGGCCAGUAUAUUUUAAGAGUGGAGAUACACAGCCUGAUCUGAGUUUAUUUCAUCAGAAGAGAUCAGAGCCCAGCUUUUUGUCUAUGAAGAGUGAUGAAUCUAUGAGUCCUCCGCUACAUUUUAUAAGUGAAGAUACACAAACUGAUCUCAGACAUGAAGUCCUCAACACAUUUAGAUCAAAUCUGAUGAAGAAGUUUGAGCUUCUGUAUGAGGGAACAGCAAAGCAGGGAAACCCAACACUCCUGAAUGAGAUCUACACAGAGCUCUAUAUCACAGAGAGUGAGAGUGGAGAGAUCAAUAAUGACCAUGAGCUGAGACAGAUUGAGACACAAUCCAGGAGUGCAGCAACAGAGGACACACCGAUCAAAUGCAGUGACAUCUUUAGACCUUUACCUGGACAAGACAAACCCAUCAGAACUGUGCUAACAAAGGGAGUCGCUGGCAUUGGAAAAACAGUCUCUGUGCAGAAGUUCAUCCUGGACUGGGCUGAAGGGAAAGAGAAUCAGGACAUCCAGCUCAUAUUUCCACUUCCUUUCAGAGAACUCAAUCUGAUGAAGGACAAAACACUCAGUCUUUCAGAUCUUCUUCAAGACUUUUUCUCUGAAACCAAAGAAAUGGAAAUAUCUAGUGACAAAUAUAAGGUGUUGUUCAUCUUUGAUGGUCUGGAUGAGUGUCGUCUGUCUCUGGAUUUUCGGAGCAAUGUGAGAUUGCGUGAUGUAUGUGAAUCAGCCUCAGUGGACAUGCUGCUGACGAACCUCAUUGUGGGAAAUCUGCUUCCCUCUGCUCUCAUCUGGAUCACCUCCAGACCAGCAGCAGCUGAUCUCAUCCCCUCUGAGUGUGUCCAUAGAGUAACAGAGGUACGAGGCUUCAAUGAUCCACAGAAGGAGGAAUACUUCAGGAAGAGAAUCAGUGAUCAGAGUCUGGCCAAUACAAUCAUCUCACACCUGAAGUCAUCAAGGAGCCUUUACAUCAUGUGCCACAUCCCAGUGUUCUGCUGGAUCUCAGCCACUGUUCUAGAGAAGAUGUUGAGUCAAGCAGAGAGUGGAGAGAUUCCCAAGACUCUCACUCAAAUGUACACACACUUCCUGAUCCUUCAGACCAACAUCAAUGAGAAGGACUUUAAGAAGAACGUGACAGAUGAAGACAUGAUUAUCAAACUGGGGAAACUGGCUUUUCAGCAGCUUGUGAAAGGUAACCUGAUCUUCUAUGAGGAAGACCUGAGAGAGUGUGGCAUUGAUGUGACAGAAGCAUCAGUGUACUCAGGAUUGUGCACUCAGAUCUUCAGAGAGGAGUUUGGCUUGUAUCAGGGGAAAGUCUUCUGCUUUGUUCAUCUGAGCAUUCAGGAACAUCUAGCAGCUCUAUAUGUGCACCUCUCCUGUACCAACCACAACAUAAAUGUGUUUGACCAAAUCACCAAACAGAGUUUAACGUCUAAAUGUCCACAAAAGUCAUUAGAUGUUUCGUUACAUACUCUGCAUCAGAGUGCAGUGAAUGAGGCUCUACGCAGUAAAAAUGGACAUCAGAAUCUUUUCCUGCGGUUUCUUCUGGGUCUGUCAGUGGAGCCUCAUCAGAUUCUCCUACACGGACUAAUGAAACAGACAAAAAGCACCUCUGACAGCAAUAAAGAAACAGUUGAGUACAUCAAGAUGAAGAUCAAGACCAUUGACUCCCCAAAGAAAUCCGUCAAUCUGUUCCACUGUCUGAAUGAACUGGGUGAUCAUUCACUAGUGGAGGAAAUACAACAGUAUCUGAAAUCUGGAACAAUAAAGGAAACCAAACUCUCAUCAUCUCAGUGGUCAGCUGUAGUUUUUUUGUUGCUGACAUCAGAGAAAAAGCUGGAUGAGUUUGAUAUUAAUAAUUUUGUUGAAGAAAACGAUAAAACCAAAAAACUAGAAGUUUUUAGGAAGCUCCUGCCUGUGAUUAAAGAAUCCAGAUUUGUUUGGUUGUAUAAUUGUGGUCUUACAGAUAAAGCUUGUGAAGCUCUGGCUUCAGCUCUAAAAUCAAACCCCUCACACCUCAGAAAACUGGAUCUGUCUGAGAAUAAAUUUGGAAAUUCAGGAGCCACACUGCUGUCUACUGUACUCAAGGAUCCUCACUGUAAACUAGAGAAACUAGAGUUGAGGAAUUGUAGUGUCACAGAUGAAGGCUGUGCUGCUUUGGCUUCAGCUCUGAGAUCAAACCCUGAACACCUAAGAGAACUGGAUCUGUCUUGGAAUAAAAUAGAAGAUGUGGGUGUGAAGCUUCUCUGUGCUUCACUUGAAGAUCCUCACUGUAAACUGGAGAAACUGGAGUUGAGGUGUUGUAGUAUCACAGAUGAAGGUUGUGCUGCUCUGGCUUCAGCUCUGAGAUCAAACCCCUCACACCUGACAUAUGUGAAUCUAUCUGGGAAUAAACUACAAAACUCAGGAGUGAAGUUGCUCUCUGAACUGAAGGAUAAUCCACAUUAUAAACUGGAGAAAUUAUGCUCUUAGUUUUUAGAUGUUUACUGAGGAUCAGCUGAUGGUAAAUAAGGAGCUGCUACACAGACACAGUCACACAAUCAACAGAGACUAGACACACAGAGACAUAUGGCGGCAAUCACACUGUCCUGUGUGUGACUUAACAUCAGUUUUGUUGUUUUUACAUUUUAUGGAUCUGUUCUUUUGAAUUACAGAUGUUAUCAGAUCUUCAGAUGUCAACUGAUAUACAUGAUGGUCGGUGAAUAAGUUUUGAAAAGCAUCAUCUGCAAUUUGGAGUUUUUUGAUACUGAUUGUGUAUAUGCUGUAGCACGCAAUAUACACUACAAGUGGCAAAAUUUUUAAAUCAAACUAUAGACAUGGUGUAAAUAAGAGAUUUAUUGUGCAAUUUUUUUUACAUGUUUACAUGUGUACAUUUAGGAAAAUGUGACAAACUUUAAAAAGCAUCAAGAACUUUUUUUUUAAACCUAUUUUUAUAUGAUGGUCUAUUAUAUUAAGCUUUUUUGGAAAUGUUGAAAUUUCCUUUUGUGGUGGAAUUUCUCUUUACAAAAACACUUAAAUUAUCUGGUUUCUAUCAAGCCAUUGUAUACUGGAAGUUAUUGUAUGAAUAAGUUCACUCAACCUACUUGGACAAGCCACUUCUUAAUUAUGUUGAUCUUUUAGAAUUGAUGGAGAAAUGUGCAUAUUUUAUUGUCCAACAUCUUAUUUUUAAUUAUUUACUUUUUUUUUUUGUCUACCAAUAUGGAGAGUUUUACAGAAGUUUUCUUUCAGUAUCAUUAUAGAUGUAUUCCAAAGUCUGUUCUUCUAAUUAUCAGAAAUUCAGACUGAUUCAUGACUGGGUGUGAUUUUGCAGCUGGUGAAUUUAAAUGCAGUUUACUGACAAAUGAUUGUGAUAAGUGCAUUAUAAAUGUUAACCACUGUUGUCUGUUUUGUUUAACAGAAAACCCUCUAAUUAACAGAACUAACAGUUGGCUCCUGAGAAAAGUUUACUUUCACUUUCAUUUUGGAUUUACAUCAACUUUUGAAACAAACCAGUUUUUUGCUAAACAGCAUUUUGUUAUAUAUGUUAUAUUUGAGUGUUAAACAAUGAAAGCAUGCAAGCCUAAAUUGUUUGUAAUACAGAUUAUUAUGUAAUAACUUAUGUGUGCAGGUUAUAUGGCAGCAAAAUACCUAAAAAUACUGUUUGUGCAUGUAUAUUUGUUUAUUUUUAUUCACGUGUCAUCCCAGUGAGAUGGGCUCCUCCUAUAUACCUAAGAUAUGACAGGACACAAGAAAUAUGUUUAAAUUUUAUGAUGGUUUUCACCUGAAACUGACAGAUGUUGGAGUUUAUUUGUAUUUUCAAUUAAUUAAACAUUCAAUAAUUAAUUGUAUAUUCAUCCAGUGAUAUUUAAA